AUGGCAAAAUGCAAGCCAAGUCAUUGCUGUCCGAGAAUGUGCACUUGCACUCCUUUGGAAGACUUGGUCAAGCUCCAUCAAGAACUGAAGUGCCUACGAAAGAGGGCGAAAAGCAUAAAAAUAUCAAGCAAUGUCGAUAAAAACUGUAUAUUCGAGAUGAGCGAAAGCGAAACCAAAGUCCUGGAUAAUAAUGUGUCGCUCAGGUGCGAAUCGAUCCUCGAAAUAAUCCGAAAACAGCGCGAUAGCAUGCAGAAAUUAAAUAUUGCAUUGCACGAGUUCGACGACAAAUUGUGUAGUCAAGAGAAGGAAAUCUGCCAAGCGGAUAAUGAAAUUGCAGAUCUGAAGAAUCAAAUUUGUAUUAUCAAAAAGAUGUCUUGUGGUAAGAAAUGUAAUACUGGAUCGGAUGAAAGUGAAAGAAUAAACUAUUUUGAAGAUGCUUGGCAAGAAUCUGUAUCAUUAGAAUUGGAAAGACAAAAUCAAUUGCAAGUACUUAAAAUUGAAAAAAAUUACUGA